AUGACUAAUGGAGAGGUCGAGGUUGCUGGGAUUAAGCCCACCAACGAUUAUCCAUCCAACCUGCGCCCGAAAGACAUGCCUGCGCGCGUAUGUAUCAAGAUCAAGAUAUCUCUGGCCCAUGAAGUUGGGAAAGGUUGUAAGAGUAAGGAUUCGCAAAUAAUGUCAAGUCAAGAUCAUCUAAGCCUAGUAAAUGCACUAAGCAGAGUACGUUUACUAGUAAAAGCUUCUUUGACUACUCUUACUUAUAGUGAUUUGGUGGGCGUAGCAAUACAUGAUAUUAAAACAUACCAUAAUUCGAUGAACGGAUGUCACUAUGAAGUUUACUCUGGUCCAGGAAGAGAAGAUGCUGACCCCAUGCACUUGUAUAUUAUCCACAGCCUCUAUUUGCAUACAGCUAAUUCCCGACUGUCAAUGUUUGAGAUCCCCCAUUGGUGUCGGCGUCUACCCUCUGAGAUCAAAAUUAAAAUGGCUGACUUACGCCCACCCAAGACCACUUCUUCCUCAUAUCGGAGUUGCUCAAGAUGGCCAUCUUGUUGCUAA